UCACUGCCCCUCUAGACAAAAGCGAGGGAACCCCCAUCCCCGACCCCGGGCCAGGAGGGCAAGCCAGCCACAGCCACCAUCUCCGCUCCGCCGCCUCCGCCUCGUCCAUGGCGGACGAAACCCUCGCGCCCUCCUCCGCCUCGUCGGCAAAACCCUAAACCCUAACCCACCUCCAUUUCGGGACCCUGAUCGGGCACCCCACUCCCGCCGCCAUGGGGCGCUGCCGCGAUGUCCGCUUCGUCUCCUCCGGCGUCAAGCUCCCCUCCGCACCGUCCCCUUCCCCGGGGCCCGCGCCCGCGCUCCUCUCCGCGGCGCUCCCCUUCGCGCACAUCGGCCGCGCCAUCGACUCGGCCGCGCGCCGCCUGGGCGCGUGCCUCCCCCGGGUCCCGGUCGCGCGGGCCGACCCGGCGCCGCCCCCGCCGGCACGGCGGCACGGGAAGGACGCGGGAGGGGGCGCCGAGGAGCGGGUGCUGAUCAGCGAGGUGGCGGUGCGGGGCAAGGACGGGGAGCCCCUGGAGCGUCCCGAGCUGGAGGCCGCCGCCGCCGCGGCGCUGCGCGCGUGCCGCCCCAACGCCGCGCUCACCGUGCGGGAGGUGCAGGAGGACGUGCACCGCGUCGUGGAGAGCGGGCUGUUCCGAUCGUGCAUGCCCGUCGCCGUUGACACCCGCGACGGCAUUCGCCUCGUCUUCGAGGUGGAGCCGAAUCAGGACUUCCAUGGGUUGGUCUGCGAAGGCGCCAACAUGCUGCCUUCCAAGUUCCUGGAAGAUGCAUUUCGUGAUCGCCAUGGAAAAAUCAUUAACAUUAGACAUCUGGAUCAAGUGAUAAAGUCUGUUAACGGAUGGUAUCAGCACCGCGGUCUAACUGGGCUGGUUUCAUACGCUGAGAUACUUUCUGGAGGAAUUUUGAGGCUGCAAAUUUCAGAAGCUGAGGUUAAUAACAUUAACAUCCGCUUUCUAGAUAGGAAAACUGGUGAACCAACUGUCGGAAAGACACAGCCAGAGACCAUCCUUCGACAACUUACCACCAAGAAAGGGCAGGCUUACAAUAGGGCGCAAGUCAAAAGGGAUGUUGAAACAAUACUUACUAUGGGCAUCAUGGAGGAUGUUACAAUAAUUCCACAGCCAGUUGGAGAUUCGAAUAAAGUUGACCUUGUGAUGAAUCUUGUUGAACGCCCUUCGGGUGGUUUCUCUGCUGGUGGUGGCAUUUCAAGUGGGAUAACAAAUGGACCCCUUUCUGGACUUAUUGGCAGUUUUGCAUAUUCACACCGGAAUGUUUUUGGGAGGAACAAAAAAUUGAAUCUUUCACUUGAAAGGGGGCAGAUUGAUUCAAUUUUUAGAUUGAACUUUACUGACCCAUGGAUCGAUGGCGACAACAAGAGAACCUCUAGAACUGUUAUGAUUCAGAACUCUAGGACUCCUGGAACACUUGUACAUGGUGGUGAUCAUCCUAACCAUGAGCCUAUAACGAUUGGACGUGUUACUGCCGGCGUGGAGUAUAGCCGUCCGUUCAGGCCAAAAUGGAGUGGGACGCUUGGCUUAAUUUUUCAGCAUGCUGGUGCUCGUGAUGACAAAGGCAAUCCUGUCAUCAGGGAUUUCUAUAACAGCCAAUUAACUGCCAGUGGAAAUGCUUAUGAUGAUACACUGCUUGCUAAGUUUGAAAGUGUCUACACAGAUUCUGGGGACCAUAGCUCUACAAUGUUUGUUUUCAACGUUGAGCAAGGUCUCCCUGUUCUUCCUGAGUGGCUAAGCUUCAACAGAGUGACAGCACGUUUGAGGCAGGGCUAUGAAAUUGGUCCUGCUCGGCUUCUUCUAAGUGCUUCUGGAGGUCACGUGGAGGGAAAUUUUCCACCUCAUGAAGCAUUUGCAAUUGGUGGGACAAAUAGUGUAAGAGGAUACGAAGAAGGUGCUGUUGGUUCUGGGCGUUCUUAUGCCGUAGGUAGUGGAGAAGUGUCAUGUCGCAUGUUUGGACCGCUGGAAGGUGUUGUCUUUGGGGACUAUGGUAGUGAUGUCGGUUCUGGUCCUAAAGUUCCUGGUGACCCAGCGGGAGCUCGUGGGAAACCAGGUAGCGGGUAUGGUUACGGUGUUGGCAUCCGUGUGGACUCCCCACUUGGACCUCUGCGGCUUGAAUAUGCCUUCAAUGAUAAACAAGCAAGGAGAUUUCACUUUGGUGUUGGCUACAGAAAUUAACAUGUAUAUUCGGCAUGUUCUUCUGAGCAUUCUUUGGCUGGUAUGAGGUGAUCCAUGCCUUCCCAUUUUUUGGCGAUGUCGCAAGUUUUGGAUAGAAAGCUUUAUUUAGUCAGGUUUCCUUUCUGUAACAUAUAGUCCCUUUGCUCCUGUUGUAAGCAUUCUUGUGCUAGAGAACUUAAGUCGACCCCAGCUGGUAGAUUCAUCCUGCCUAAGGUAUCUGAAUUCUGGGAGGCCUGGCAAGUGAAACAGAAGAUGCGAAGAACGAGGGAUGAAUAUGCUGCUACAAUAGUGUUGCCAUUCCUUGCGUAUUUAUGCAUGUGUAUAUGUGCUCAGUGCUCAAACACUUGAAGAUCUGAGUGGUUGAUUUAUUUAUUUCAUCACAUGGAUGACAGAUGAUAUAUCCGGACAAUACAAAAGGUUUCUUAGUGGUAGAGAAUGGUUUGCCAACCAUACCUUUUCUAAUGUAUGGAUCUAACAACAAUUUUGGCUGUUACAUUCUGGGCAACUGCAGUUUUUACGCCUAUGUACGACAUAUCCGUGAAACAAUGAUCUUUGGGGACAAUUGAUCCAGUACAAAAAAUUGAAUGAUCUUUGGUAGCA